AUGCAUUGCUUUUUUGCUGAGCAGAAGCCGUCUAUUCUUGUCACGGAGCAAAACCUGGCAGACCGAGUUCGGUACAUCAUGCGCUCGAAAAUAUUUGAUGAUGCCGAGCUCGAUCGACUACGACUUGAGGCCAUUCCCUCAUCGAAUGAAAUGGCUAUGGCUGGGGAUGCGGCUCCUCAGGCGACAGACCAGCAUCCACACGUGGAAGCCACAAUGGAUCUUCCAGUUGUGAUUGAAACGGACUAUACUGAAAUGGUCUCCAAAUGGUCUCAAAAAUGGAGCAAAUGA